AUGAGGGAAAUCGUUCACAUCCAGGCCGGCCAGUGCGGUAACCAGAUAGGAGCUAAAUUCUGGGAGAUCAUCUCUGACGAGCACGGCAUCGACCCCACCGGGGCCUACCAUGGAGACUCCGACCUACAGCUGGAACGUAUUAAUGUAUACUACAAUGAGGCUUCCGGAAACAAGUACGUCCCCCGCGCCAUCCUGGUGGACUUGGAGCCCGGCACCAUGGACUCUGUCCGCUCUGGACCUUUCGGACAGAUCUUCCGUCCGGACAACUUCGUGUUCGGACAGUCGGGAGCCGGCAACAACUGGGCCAAGGGUCACUACACAGAGGGAGCUGAACUCGUAGACUCAGUUCUUGACGUCGUACGUAAAGAAUCAGAGUCAUGUGACUGCCUCCAGGGCUUCCAGCUCACACACUCCCUCGGUGGAGGCACCGGGUCCGGUAUGGGUACACUUCUCAUCUCCAAGAUCAGAGAAGAAUACCCCGACAGAAUCAUGAACACAUACUCAGUAGUACCUUCCCCUAAAGUAUCAGACACCGUCGUAGAACCUUACAACGCCACCCUUUCAGUACAUCAGUUAGUAGAAAAUACCGAUGAGACCUACUGUAUCGACAACGAGGCUCUUUACGACAUCUGCUUCCGCACGCUCAAACUGUCCACACCCACGUACGGCGACCUCAACCACCUGGUGUCGCUCACCAUGUCCGGAGUCACUACCUGCCUCAGGUUCCCCGGACAGCUGAACGCUGAUCUCCGCAAGUUGGCCGUCAACAUGGUCCCCUUCCCUCGUCUCCACUUCUUCAUGCCCGGAUUCGCUCCUCUCACAUCCCGUGGCAGCAGACAAUACCGCGCCCUGACCGUCCCCGAGCUGACCCAACAGAUGUUCGACGCCAAGAACAUGAUGGCAGCCUGUGACCCUCGCCACGGCCGCUACCUCACCGUGGCCGCCAUCUUCCGUGGCCGCAUGUCCAUGAAGGAGGUCGACGAACAGAUGCUCAACAUCCAGAACAAGAACUCGUCGUACUUCGUGGAAUGGAUCCCCAACAACGUGAAGACCGCCGUGUGCGACAUCCCGCCCCGCGGCCUCAAGAUGGCCGCCACCUUCAUCGGCAACUCCACGGCCAUCCAGGAGCUGUUCAAGCGCAUCUCGGAGCAGUUCACGGCUAUGUUCAGACGCAAGGCUUUCCUCCACUGGUACACAGGCGAGGGUAUGGACGAGAUGGAGUUCACGGAGGCGGAGAGCAACAUGAACGACCUGGUGUCCGAGUACCAGCAGUACCAGGAGGCCACCGCGGACGAGGACGCCGAGUUCGACGAGGAGCAGGAGCAGGAACAGCGAGCCUCGGCAAGCCAGGUCUGA